AAUAAAAAAAACUGAUCAGAAACUGAUCAGGAAGUUCCCUAAUGGGACAGCAACAGACCAGCGGAGGAGUGUUGUCACCUGAGCUUCCCCUUCAGGAAAGGUAAAAUGGGGCUGCUGUUGCCAUCAGCUCUUGUCGCAGCUCUUGUUGUCAGCGCAGCGGAUGUGAUUCUUUGCGCAGGAAUCAAUGGAUGUGUUGCCAGAAACUUUGGCCAUAACUCUGUGGUGUGUGAGUGCAAUUCCACCUACUGUGAUGGUGUUGGUCCGGUCAGCCUGCCACCUCUGGGUCAGUACUCCACCUACCUGAGCAGCAUGGCAGGCAGCAGGAUGGAGCCAGGCCACGGUCAAGUCCAGGUCAACAGCACUGGAGCAGGUAUCAGGCUGACGAUCAUCCCCUACCAGAAGUACCAGAGGAUCAAGGGGUUCGGAGGAGCCAUGACCGACGCAGCAGCCAUUAACAUACUUUCUCUCUCUGCUGGCGCACAGGAGCAGCUGCUGCGGCAGUACUUCUCCAAAGAAGGCAUUGGCUAUAGCGUUGUGCGCGUCCCCAUGGCCAGCUGUGACUUCUCCACUCGGCUGUACACCUACGCUGACACACCCGGGGACUACGACCUGAAAAGCUUCGCUUUGGCCCCUGAGGAUGUGAAGAUGAAGAUCCCUCUGCUGCUGCGUGCCCAGGCCUUGUCCCCUCGCCCACUUUCCCUGCUUGGCAGCGCCUGGAGCGCCCCCGCCUGGAUGAAAACUAAUGGUGCACUCAUAGGAAAGGGCUCCCUGAAGGGCCAGCCGGGGGGCAAGGAGUAUAAAACAUGGGCUCAGUACUAUAUCAGGUUCCUUGAGGAAUAUGCUAAAUAUAACCUAACCUUCUGGGCGCUGACUACAGGAAACGAGCCCUCUGCAGGACAAAUGACAAACUACAGUUUCCAGGCUCUGGGCUUCACUCCUGAGAAGCAGAGGGACUGGGUGGCUCUGGACUUGGGCCCGGCCCUGCAGUCCUCAGCACACCCACACACACACAUCCUCAUACUGGAUGACAACCGCCUGCUGCUGCCCCACUGGGCCCGAGUGGUUCUCAGUGACAUUCAUGCAGCACGAUACAUUCACGGCGUGGCGGUGCACUGGUACCUGGACAGUCUCGUCCCUGCGGAGGCGAGCCUGGGAGCCACCCAUCAGCUGUACCCAGAGUACUAUCUGUUUGGCACGGAGGCCUGUGCGGGCUGGAGCCCAGCGGACCGCGGGGUGAAGCUGGGCAGCUGGGAUCGGGCAGAGCAAUACGCACACGACAUCCUAGAGGACUUGAAUCACUUCGUCGUGGGCUGGACUGACUGGAACCUGGCACUGGACCAGACUGGUGGGCCAAACUGGGUGAAGAACUUUGUGGACAGCCCCAUCAUAGUGGACGCCAAGCGGGACGUCUUUUACAAACAGCCAACUUUCUACAGCAUGGCCCACUUUAGUGCUUUCCUGUGGGAGGGGUCGCAGAGGGUGGGAGUGUCUGCUAGUGGGAAGACACAGCUUGAGUUUUCCGCCUUCGUCAGACCAGACGGCUCUGUGGUUCUCAUCGUUCUCAACAGGUCAUCAUCAGCCAUUCAGUUUGAGGUGUGGGAUCCUGCUGUGGGUUAUAUUCCCUGCACCGCGCCGCCCCAUUCGCUGCUCACAGCGGCUUGGAACGCACACUGAGAUUUAACAAUGUCGCUCUUUAAAGUUUCUCUGAGCACCGCGGACACAAAAACAACCAUUUAUAAAUCGCAUCAAACUGUUAUGUCUUCAUUAUGGUCUGCACCAUUUACACGCCGGCACACUUGGCGGUUUUUUAUGUCGGAUCAUAUAAUUUAAGAAUAUGCUGAAUCUGUUUGUGACAAAAUCUCUAGACACCAUGCACUUAUGUAUGCAAAUGAUUUGGCCUCAUUUUCAUUUUUGAGGAUUUCCUAAAUAGGAAAACUGCACUGGAAAACUUCAUCAUGACUUCAUGUCGUCAUAGUUUCACUUGUUCAUUCUCACAAUCGUGCUAACUUGAGAUGUUGAGUAGAGGCCGCUACUAACCCGCCCUGCCAAUGUUUACAUGCAGAGAUUAAUUGCUUUUGAAGAUUUGAUACGGAGACACUCAGGGUUUAAAAUGGGAGCAAUUUGAGUUUUAGAUGUGUUGCACCUGUUGAACUGGAUUUCUUCGUCAAGUGGAUCUCAUUCAACAAGACUUUAGUUUUCACCUGGGCUGUUUGGUGAAGCAACCCAAGCAGUGAGGUGAUUGGAGACGAUCCGCAUAAACGGUGUCAGUAUUAAACCCCAGCUAAUAGGAUAUAAGCUUAUCUUUAAAUUGGACAUAAUUAUAAGGCAUAGUAGUUAUGACUAACUAAUAACUAUUGUCAGUUAAAUAGCUAGUAAUAGUUUAAUAACUAUUAUUGGUACAUAUAGGCUAUUAGUUAAUGGAAACACAGCUUCCAUAUCAGAUUUGGGCUCACAAAUCAAAUGGCAAAGUAUGAACAUCAAACAACUUGUUGGCUUUUCUUGUCACAAAUGCUUGUUACGGUGAUUGUCCACUAAGUUCAGUUCGUAGCCCAAAUUCUGAGUUAAAUAUGGAUCUGGAAACAUCGAUUUCAAGCUAAUCCAUUGCUAUCACUAAUAUGCUCGUUUGUUUUGUACUAUGAAUGUGAAAGUACUCGGCAUUAUGCCAGAGGUCCACUCUGGCAUAAUGUCCCCACUGGCUGGAAGAGGAGCAGAUCCAAUGUCAGUUUUAAUAUGAACACAUUUCUGUUCUGCACAAUUACUGUAGCCAGUUAUUUAAAUAACUCCAAAGAACCUCAGCAUAUUUUAAUCGAGUUUGUGAAGCUAUUUUUUUUUUCACCAUUUUUUUAAGCAACAGCAAUAAAUGAAAGUAAUUUAUUCACAAGUGCUGCUGAGGCCUCAUCGUGCUACUAAUGAUCCUUCUGAUCAACAAAGCUCAUAAAUGCCUUCUUUUAGUUUUAUUGUGUAUAAAGCGCACUGUUCAAAAUGUUUCUUAAUCAAUAUUAAAUGCACUUUUAGCAAGCAA